AUGGAGGCCGCCGCCGCCAGUUGCGAUGGCGAGGCCGUCGACAGUGGUAGACGAGGCCUCCGCAUCGCCGCCAUCUUCAUCAUCAUGAUCGCCUCCCUCCUCGGCGCCUUCCUCCCCAUCCUGCUCAACCGGCAGACCAAGAUGCACGUGCCCAAGUUCACCUUUUUCGUCUGCAAGUACUUUGGCACCGGCGUCAUCAUCGCCACGGCCUGGAUGCACCUCCUCGCCCCCGCCAUCGAGCAGCUCGGGGACCCCUGCGUGCAGCAACGCUGGCUCGGCAGCUACCCCUGGGCCCUGUGCAUCAGCCUCAUGACCGUCAUGGUCAUGUUCUUCAUCGAGCUGCUGGCCUCGCACUACAGCCACGACGUCGACCACGCCCACGGCGCCGGCUCCGACUCGGACGCGGACCCAAAGGACGAGGCUCUCGCCGCCCGUCGAGCCGGCCGCCGCGCCGACGGCGCCGCCGGUCCCCGCGGUCCCGCCGCCGGUCGCGCCCUCGCCGAGCCUUGCCCCCACGUGGACGUCGAGACGGGCACCGCCCUGCCCGGACGCCCCGACGACGUCAGCUAUCCGCCGGGCGGCGAGGAUCACCUCGCCCACAUCCGCGAGCACGAGGACGGCGACACGGCCGGCGUCGCCGGCCAGCUGACGGCCAUCUUCAUCCUCGAGUUCGGCGUCGUCUUCCACAGCGUCUUCAUCGGCCUCACCCUCGGCACCACCGACGGCGCCGGCCUCGUCACCCUCCUCGUCGUCCUCGUCUUCCACCAGAUGUUCGAGGGCCUCGGCCUCGGCUCCCGCCUCGCCCUCGCCCCCUGGCCCAAGCGCAAGCGGUGGCUGCCCUACCUCCUCGCCAUGGCCUUUGCCCUCUCGACGCCCGUCGGCGUCGCCGUCGGCAUCGGCGCCCAGCCUUCCAACGCGCCCACGCAGAAGCUCGUCAACGGCCUCUUCGACUCCAUCAGCGCCGGCAUCCUCAUGUACACGGGCCUCGUCGAGCUCCUCGCCCACGAGUUCAUGUUCAACCCGCACAUGCGCCGGUCGCCCCUGAAGAUCCAGCUCUUUGCGUUUGCCUGCGUCGCCGCCGGCGUCGCCCUCAUGGCGCUCCUGGCCAAGUGGGCGUAG